CACCUCUCACAAAUUAAAACCAUAUAAUUCUCCUUCCUUUCUUCUCUACAAAAAUCUUCAAAAAGAAAUACUCUCAUGGCUUCUUCUUCUAGAGUUUUUGUUCUUCUUCUUCUCAUAAUCUUCAAUUUUCUCUACAUCUCAGCACAAAAAACCAUUAAACAUAAGCCUUUUUCUAUGUCAUUUCCUCUUAUUUCAACAUCUUUAUCACAUAACUCUUCUUCUAAAGCUCUUUUUCUUUCUUCUUUUAUGGCUUCUAAUAAUAGAAGACAAACUCAAAAUACAAAAACUAUGUCUAGAAUUCCAUCUUUGAACUAUAAAUCAACUUUUAAAUAUUCAAUGGCUUUAAUUGUUACACUACCAAUAGGAACACCACCACAAAAUCAACAAAUGGUUUUGGACACUGGUAGCCAACUUUCUUGGAUUCAAUGUCAUAAGAAAAUUCCCAAAAGACCCCCACCAACGACGUCGUUUGAUCCUUCUUUGUCUUCUACUUUCUCUGUUCUUCCUUGUACUCAUCCUUUAUGUAAGCCAAGAAUUCCCGAUUUUACCCUUCCAACUACUUGUGACCAAAAUCGUUUGUGCCACUAUUCCUACUUUUAUGCUGAUGGUACUUUAGCUGAGGGUAAUCUUGUCCGUGAAAAAAUUACAUUUUCACGUUCCCAAAGUACCCCUCCUUUGAUUCUUGGUUGUGCGACCGAGUCCGAAGAUGCUGAGGGUAUUUUGGGAAUGAAUCUUGGACGGUUUUCUUUUGCCUCCCAAGCUAAGGUACAAAAAUUCUCAUAUUGCGUGCCAAUUAGACAAGGUAGCCAUGCAGUUAAACCUAGUGGAACAUUUUACCUAGGCCAAAACCCUAAUUCCCAUACAUUUCAAUACAUAAAUCUUUUGACUUUUCCUCAAAGUCAACGCAUGCCAAAUUUGGAUCCACUAGCUUUUACUGUUGGCAUGGUGGGGAUAAAAAUUGGCGGCAAAAAAUUAAACAUCUCCGGGAGGGUUUUCCGGCCAAACGCUGGUGGUUCCGGCCAGACGAUCAUUGAUUCCGGCACGGAGUACACUUUCUUAGUGGAAGAAGCGUACAAUAAGGUCAGAGAAGAAAUUGUUAGGUUAGUAGGUCCAAGAUUGAAAAAAGGUUACGUUUAUGGUGGUGCACUCGACAUGUGCUUCGAUAACCGUCCGAUCGAAAUCGGACGGUUGAUAGGUGAUAUGACAUUGCAAUUUGAAAACGGGGUUGAUAUUUUGAUCAAUAAGGAAAGGAUGUUGGAUGAAGUAGAAGGUGGGAUCCAUUGUGUUGGAAUCGGACGGUCAGAAUCACUUGGAAUAGCAAGCAAUAUUAUUGGUAAUUUUCACCAGCAAAAUUUAUGGGUAGAAUUUGAUAUGAGAAAUCGACGAGUAGGUUUUGGCAAAGGAGAGUGUAGUAGGCAAGUGUAAUGAGUAUUAGUCAUAUACAAGAGGAUGAUUUAGGGCUUGUGCUGUGUAAAAUAUUAUAGUAAUCUAGUAGAUUAUGAGAAAAUAUGAUGUAUUAUAUGUAUAUGCAAUUGAUUAAAUUUGCCAUUCUUUUAUAGUUA